GGGCUUCCGAAGUCUUCGGGCUGAUCUGGUAGGUUCCACAGCCUCGGCGCUUGUUGUGUGCGUCAUUUCCGGGCGUCACAGAACGGAGUAGCCAACGGCCUGGAGAGAACAUGCCCAAGUUUUAUUGUGACUACUGCGAUACGUACCUCACCCAUGAUUCUCCAUCUGUGAGAAAGACACACUGCAGUGGUAGGAAACACAAAGAAAAUGUGAAAGACUACUACCAGAAAUGGAUGGAAGAGCAGGCCCAGAGCCUGAUUGACAAAACAACGGCUGCAUUUCAACAAGGAAAAAUACCUCCUACUCCGUUCUCUGCUCCUCCUCCUGCAGGGGCGAUGAUUCCACCUCCCCCAGUCUUCCUGGUCCUCCUCGCCCUGGUAUGAUGCCAGCACCCCAUAUGGGGGGCCCUCCCAUGAUGCCAAUGAUGGGCCCUCCUCCUCCUGGGAUGAUGCCAGUGGGACCUGCUCCUGGAAUGAGGCCACCCAUGGGAGGUCACAUGCCAAUGAUGCCUGGGCCCCCAAUGAUGAGACCUCCCGCCCGUCCCAUGAUGGUGCCCACUCGGCCAGGAAUGACUCGACCAGACAGAUAAGGAUAGAGGGGAGGUCUCUUUAUGUCAGUUUUAUAUUACUUGUUCUGCUUCCCCCCAUCCUACUGUAAAUA